CGGGCAUCUGACCGGUCAGUCACAUGGACCAAGAUGAACCAGACCACAGAGGCCAGGAGCAGGGAGACCAGCCAAAAAAAUGCCCUGAGAAAACACAAGGGCAUUGAGACAGCGAUAGUGCAAAAUCCAGAAUGGAUGUCCUCUUUAUGUUCUUCUUUAUUGCACCACUUAUCCUGGGACAAGGAUAUAAGGAAGAAGAGCUAGAAGAGAGUGAUUACUAUCAAGUGGCCUAUUAUUACACAGUCACUCCUAAUUAUGAUGACUUUCCUGUAAAUUUCACCAUUGAUUACUCCAUAUUUGAGACAGAGGACAAGUUGAACAGGACGGAUAAGGAGGUAACAACAGAAGCACCAGAGACUACCAUUAGUCUUCAAACAGAAGGUGUGGACCAUCAGCAUCCUGUAACCAUGAAGGCAGUGACAAUGGAACCACAGAGUCCAGAUCUGAAUGACGCUGUGUCCAGUCUGCAAAGUCCUGUUUCCUUUCUCCUGUUCUGGGUCCUCCUUCAAGGGGGGAUGCAUUUCAUGUAGAAGAUGAAAGCUACUAUGACUGGAUGAGAGUUUGACAAGAGGAAGUUGGAAGAUAAAAUAAAAAACAAAUUAAAU